CAGAGUGGUCAGGAUGGGCGCGUCGGGAGGUCAGGGCUAUGGUUCUGUGUCAGCAGUCCCCAAGGUCUCCGCCUGCCUUCGCGCACGCUCCCAUCCUCCUGGGGCCGGACUCCGGGCGGGUGAGCCGCCCCAGCUGGGCACGGUGGUUCCCUGAGCACCCGGGCCUGCACUUCCCAGCCGGGCUGCUUCUGGGGUGCAAAGCGUCGCUUGCUAAAAGCGAGGUAAACGCAAGCCGUUAUCACUCGUGUGGACUUAACGCUCUGCUUUUUGGAGAACACGUAUGCUAUAAAGUGAAAUGGCCGGGUACAGAGUAACGGCUAAGAAGCACGCUGCACCUCCCUGGGGUCCCGGGAACCCGCACGAAUCUGUGUAUAGGGAACAAAACCGAAACACGGUGGUGGCCUUGAAGUGGUAGAAUUAUGAGUGAUUUUCCCGACUUUAUGUAUUUUCUUAAAUGGUCGUGUUUUUGCUAUUUGUUUUUAAAACUCACGCUUUAUUUAAAAAUAAAUUUGUUCCACAUUUUGUGGAAACUUGUACAUUUCGGCUUUCUGUGGACAUUUUAAAUUUUUCUUUCGUUUUCUACGUGGAAUCUGCCAUAUAAGAUGCAGUUUUUCCCUUUACAGAAAAUCAUUUUAAUAUAAAACUUACUCUAGGCUGAUCUUACUGAAUCAGUUACUAAUAGUCCAAAGUUUGAACCUAGAGUUCAUUGCACCAUUUUCGAGUUACAUAAUUGUGUUUGUGUGUUAGGUUUGGGCUUUGUAACCUGUAUUAUUUUAAUCAUCUUUUUUGCCAUUAUCUCUACUAUUCAGUGUCAUCGUCGUGAACUCCAUUUUUAGCUUGUGGCCUGAGUCCUGUGUAUUGAAGUUUGCCACCCCACCCCCGCUCACUAUGUGUGCUUAAAAACGUGCUGAUCAUCCCGCGGUGGUUGCUGUUUCUGCUCUGUUCCUGGCUGGGUGGUUAAACAUACCCAUAGAAAGGGGCACGCCUGCUGAGCCCCCUUCACUGACUCCCUUCCACUGCAGGUCACUGGUUUCCCGGUAGUUCAGCUGCACAUGAAUAGAACAGCAAUGAGAGCCAGUCAGAAGGACUUUGAAAAUGCAAUGAAUCAAGUGAAACUCUUGAAAAAGGAUCCAGGAAACGAAGUGAAGCUAAAACUCUACGCGCUAUAUAAGCAGGCCACUGAAGGACCUUGUAACAUGCCCAAACCAGGUGUAUUUGACUUGAUCAGCAAGGCCAAAUGGGACGCAUGGAAUGCCCUUGGCAGCCUGCCCAAGGAAGCUGCCAGGCAGAACUAUGUGGAUUUGGUGUCCAGUUUGAGUCCUUCAUUGGAAUCCUCUAGUCAGGUGGAGCCUGGAACAGACAGGAAAUCAACUGGGUUUGAAACUCUGGUGGUGACCUCCGAAGAUGGCAUCACAAAGAUCAUGUUCAACCGGCCCACAAAGAAAAAUGCCAUAAACACUGAGAUGUAUCAUGAAAUUAUGCGUGCACUUAAAGCUGCCAGCAAGGAUGACUCAAUCAUCACUGUUUUAACAGGAAAUGGUGACUAUUACAGUAGUGGGAAUGAUCUGACUAACUUCACUGAUAUUCCCCCUGGUGGAGUAGAGGAGAAAGCUAAAAAUAAUGCCGUUUUACUGAGGGAAUUUGUGGGCUGUUUUAUAGAUUUUCCUAAGCCUCUGAUUGCAGUGGUCAAUGGUCCAGCUGUGGGCAUCUCCGUCACCCUCCUUGGGCUAUUCGAUGCCGUGUAUGCAUCUGACAGGGCAACAUUUCAUACACCAUUUAGUCACCUAGGCCAAAGUCCGGAAGGAUGCUCCUCUUACACUUUUCCGAAGAUAAUGAGCCCAGCCAAGGCAACAGAGAUGCUUAUUUUUGGAAAGAAGUUAACAGCGGGAGAGGCAUGUGCUCAAGGACUUGUUACUGAAGUUUUCCCUGAUAGCACUUUUCAGAAAGAAGUCUGGACCAGGCUGAAGGCAUUUGCAAAGCUUCCCCCAAAUGCCGUGAGAAUUUCAAAAGAGGUAAUCAGGAAGAGAGAGAGAGAAAAACUACACGCUGUUAAUGCUGAAGAAUGCAAUGUCCUUCAGGGAAGAUGGCUAUCAGAUGAAUGCACAAAUGCUGUGGUGAACUUCUUAUCCAGAAAAUCAAAACUGUGAUGACCACUACAGCAGAGUAAAGCAUGUCCAAGGAAGGAUGUGCUGUUACCUCUGAUUUCCAGUACUGGAACUAAAUAAGCUUCAUUGUGCCUUUUGUAGUGCUAGAAUAUCAAUUACAAUGAUGAUAUUUCACUACAGCCCUGAUGAAUAAAAAGUUUUGUAAAACAAGCUUAAGAAUUCA